CUUUCGGCCGCUUUUUACUUGACACGUGAGUGACUCGUAAAUUAUUCCUGUCCUAGGCUGCCCUCAUACGGCAGCCCCUCUAGUCCAGAGCAAACCUUGGUGCAUUUAUUUAUUGCAUUCACAUUAUUACUGAAUAUACAGUAGAUGCAAAAAUGAGCAACAUGUGGGUGUUUGGUUAUGGAUCACUGAUUUGGAAUCCUGGAUUCGAAUUCUUGGACAGCAAAGUUGGUUAUAUCAAGGGUUAUGCCCGCCGUUUCUGGCAGGGCAACGACUUUCAUAGGGGAAAUCCAGAGAAGCCAGGAAGAGUGGCAACGCUUGUGGAAGACGAACAAGGUCUGACAUGGGGUCGAGCUUUCUUACUGGGAGCUGGUGCUGAGAGUUCCUUAACAUAUCUAGACAGCCGAGAAGCGAAGCUUGGAGGCUAUAUUACUACUAUUGUGACUUUCUAUCCUAGAGAUCCUAAAGAGGAACCUUUUCCAGCUUUGCUGUAUGUUGCCCUUCCGUCCAGUCGUCUCUACAUGGGACCUGCACCCUUGCCGCAAGUAGCUACCGAGAUAGCUGAAGCAGCCGGUCACUGUGGGCACAAUGCGGAGUAUUUGUUGAGGCUUGCAGAUUUCAUGAGAGAACAUGUUCCAGAGGCUUGGGAUGAACACUUAUACCUCCUUGACCACUUAGUUAGAGCCCGGUUAAAAGAAAGCAAUUUAUCUAUCGAGGAUGUGAUGGGGGAGGGAAGAUCUUUGGCAGUGGCUGCUAUUGCUGCUGGGAACUUUGACAACCGCCACGAAGAGAGAAGGCGAUCUCCGUCACCGACAUCAGAUUAUGCAUCGAGGAUAUCAUCCAGAAAACUUAGGUGCCUGGACUUAUAACCAAAGAUGCCUUUAAUAAAAGAGCUUCCAAUGACACGAAUUUUUGUACAGGAAAAAUGGCUGAGCCAUAUUUCCUACACGUUGUCAUUAAAUGCAAACCAAAUCUCAGAAUUAUUUAUUGCUUCUGAUGUCUUGUCUGUUGAUGUAUAAGAAUUAUGUGUAUAUGUAUAUUUGUGUAUAUAUGCUAUUUAAGAGGUGUACAUAUUUAAGCUAUUUAAGAGUGCGUUCCAAACGAUACUGUAUAUUCCUAGUUGAAAUAUAUUUUUUUUAAAAUUGCUAUUAUAACGUUUCUUCCUUUCAAGAAACUUUUAUUUUGAAUAAUUCAAUGAAAUUUUAUUAUUCAUACUGCUAUGAUUAACUUGAACAGGAUGUAAAUGAACAUCUUUUAUAACCUGACUAAUGUAUGCCAUAUUGAAAGUACUGCACUUUCUUGUAUAAGAUACUGCUUUAGAAAGUUUUCUUGUGAUAUAUAGAUCUAACGUGAUCAUCUGAUUGCCUCCUAAUAACAAUAUAAAAUAUGAUAAAAAUAUACACAAUGAAAUAAUCCCUGUAUAUAUUUUUACAUCACUCUUACUUUUAGCAGCUUGAAAAUGUGGUUCUAAAAUACUGUCAUAUUAAAGAUAUAUUUUUUAUAAAUUUUUCGUUUCGGUGCUACUCAUUAACUGCUGUUGUGUCACUGAAAAUUUGAAAAAUGUAUUGUAAAACUGUUAUAUCUUUAGAAACGUAAAGCUUUGAAAUAGCAUUAAAAUAUGCAAUGUAAUUAUCAGAUCCCAAUCGCGAAUAGAAAUAUUUAAUUACUUUUAACAGUAUAGAAAUGUAUAUCACAAUACAGGAAGCACAUAUAGUGAAAUCUAUUCCUUUGCUUUGAAAUGCAAGUAUGAUAUUGACGGUAUUAUUAACUCCUAGACUUGUAAUGUUUUGAAUUGUUUCAUAUUCACUGUAUGGUUUGGUUUAUUUAAUUAUGGCAAAGCACACUAGGGCUAUCUACCUAAGGGAAGGGAUGCCUUCGUCGAGGACUUUCUAAGGGAAACUGGCCCGUAUAAACGUUACACAUGGGGAAAACCACGAAAACGCCCUGCAGCCAACCCGUUCGCGGGAUUCAAACCUCGGACCGAACUACCAGUGUUUAGCGACUUUACCGCUCGGCCGCUGGUGGGCCUAUUCACUGUAUGCAUUUGGCAUAUCAAACAAUAAACCAAGCUGAGGCCAGUGAGAGUAAUGAGGUUUUCGCAUAUAUUGGUCCAACAGAUUUAUAUUGGCAUCUUUGUGCUGAGUUGAGUUCAACAACAACAAAAAAAUUCUAAAUUUUUUGACGUUUCUCUCACUUUCUUUGUCAGAUGCCUCAAUAGAUCUGUAUUUUCUUUACUCUUCCAAACUGCAUGGCGUCAAUUCCUCGCGUUUACUGCGUGUUAGUUACUGUUACGUGUGAUUUCCUAUAUUCUUUAUGCAUGGGAAAACAUCGCUCAAAAACGUGAAAAUGCUAUACAAAAUAUAAUUUGAAAAUAGUUACAGUGAUAAACGCAGUAGAAUUCUAGAUAUUCAAACUAAAUGUGACCGCACUCUGUUCGGAUAUUCGAAAAAUAUGGACAGAUGGAUUUUCCUUUUUUCUGCACGCUAAAUUUGUAUUUAUUAUAACACAAAUGAUUAAAUUAUUUCCUUUUAUUAUAAUACAUCAUCAUCAUCAGGAUUAUAUAAUUAGAAAAAAUAUGUACCCUUUUUUGGAGACAUUAAAAAAAGUAUAUUACGUUUUUGCUCUUCAAGUGAAUAAUAAAUAAACAAAUAGAGGAAAAGAUACACAUUAGCAUAUUGUAAGAUAAAUUCCUUGCACGCACGGAGAACUGAUAUUACGCCUCACGUUUAAUAUAUUUUUAGAAAAAAAAGCAGUUGUUACGGAUUAAACAAAGAAUAAUAAAUCUAUACACAUAGUUCUUUUCCCAUCAAUUUUUAUGGGUUAUUUAUUUGGCAAAUAUUAUUGGCCAUACAAGUAGUCAUUCAUCGAAAUCGAUUUAGUAGCUUUUAGUAUAAAGUAUGUACUGUACUGAACUAUAUUUUUGUAUUAUUUAGAUCUGAAAAAGAGGCAAAUAUGCUAACACAUUUACAACAAUCUGAAUUUAACUUUGCCUACGAGAACAACAAAGUUAAUUGAAGAUUUGCUGAAGCAUAUUAUAAUUUUGAAGAUAAAUAGAAAGGAAUUCCACAGUUUAAUUUAAUUGAAAGAGAUCUGAUAUUUGUUUGAAAAUAUAUCUUUCAAAAGCGAAUAAAUUUUUGAUGACUAACGAGUCAAACUUAAAAGUCAAUAUUUUUUGUAAUAUUCUCUAAUACAAAAUUUUCUCUGAAUGUAAAAUGGCUUAAAGCUAUGGCAAAGCUAUCUGUCAUAGAUAGAAAAAAUUAAGAGUUAUACGGCAAAAGAAGCCAGAAAAUGUCUUUAGAGGACGAUUAUUUUUGAAAAAUAGGACUUAAAUUUACUUUACAUAUGAAGAAAGUCGCACAAAUUAUCAUAAAACCAGACUCUUCUGCUAAAAAUCUAAUUUAGAAGGAAAUUAGUUCUAAGCAACUUUACCUAAUACACCAUUGCCGGACAAAAAAGUUUAGUAAUUUUGUUUCAGAUUUCAUAAAAUGUUUUUGCAAAUAAUCUUGAAUACUUUAACUCAAUAGAUCAAUUUAAUGAGAUUAUUAUUAGUCUUAUGGGAAAUUUUUAUUUCUUGUUAAAUAAUAAAAAAAGUUCUUUGUAUACCAUUUGAAUGGAUAAAAUCAUUGCAUUCUGGAAGUUUUAUUCCAAGACCAAUUCUGGGUAACAGAAAGCGUAAUUUUAGGCAUCAAAUUUUUCCCAUGCAUAUAAUAACGUAAAUAUGAGACAGUUUUCCUUAGAAAUACCUCCACUAAUGUAUCCUUGACCAGGCCACAUAAUUCUCUUUUGCUUUGCCUCGACAAAUUAUCUAAUAAUAAGACAAAGGCAUUGUCUUGUAUACAGAACAUAGCUUAGAUAGAUAUUUUAAUAAACUUUUAAAGCAGGUUGUAUGAAUGACUUUCUGUAAAGUAGAAUAUUUAUGUAAAUUGAAAGGGCAAAAUCUUAUUGUCUGAAAAUAAGAUCUCAAAAUAUUGAUCUCACAAUUUUUUUUUUUAAUUUAAAAAAAAUCUCCAGAACUAUAACUUUGAAGCAUAAUUUAUUAUUUAAUAAGUAAAUAUUUAUUCAUUAUUAUACUGAGUGUAUCUUAUAAAAUAUUUUUCCAAAGUAUGUUUUAAAGUAAGCUGUAAUUUCGGCAUAGUACUUAGUUAUACAAUGCUGAAGUUAUAUUUAGAGCUUACAUAAAAGAGUAUUUUGCUUUACUGUAAUUUACUUAUGCAAAAAGACAAUAAUUUAGUUAGUGUUUGUCUAUUUUAGACAUACGUGAAAUUUUGAUUAUAAAUAUUAUUGAGAGUUUGUAUAUAACUAUAUACAACUCAAGAAAAUUGUUUCAGAUGGUGCAUCUUUUCAGAUUAUAACUCUCCUCUCACUUCCUUAACAUUCCUUUGGAAAGUUUCCUAUUGCAACUAUGGAUAUUUAUUCCAGUGUUGUAUUCAUAUGUAUCACUGCCUUUUUGAAUUAUAUACUGUUUGUAUAAAGAGACUUGUUAUGAACUGUUUUCAUCUUGUGUCAUGUAGUGUUAAAAUAUCACACUUUUUCAUGUUUCAUACGCAUUUGAAUAAGGCCGAAUGUGACAUUCUCCCAACGGCUGUAAAUUAUUCUUAUAAGUAUGCAUUUCUCAUAUUGAGAAAAGUGUUGUAAAGUAUUUAUUUUUGUAUGUGUAUUAAAGAGUGCAUUUAUCACAUUAA